AUGGACGCUCCUGAAAUCCCCGCCAAGCAGAAGGCCGUCAUCUACGACCAGCCUGGGACCGUUUCGACAAAGGUUGUGGAACUCGAUGUUCCAGAGCCUGGACCUGGCGAGGUUCUGAUCAAUUUAACACACUCAGGAGUGUGUCACUCAGACUUUAGUAUUAUGACCAACAAAUGGCCCGGAUUCCCACACCCAACUCAGCCAGGCCAAGUAGGUGGCCACGAGGGUGUCGGUAAGGUAGUCAAGCUCGGUGCAGGCACCGAAUCCUCAAACUUGAAGAUCGGCGAUCGAGUAGGCGUCAAAUGGGUUUCCAGCGCAUGCGGGAACUGCCAACCCUGCCAAGCCAGCGCCGACGGACUGUGUUUCAACCAGAAAGUCUCCGGCUACUACACGCCAGGGACAUUCCAACAAUACACACUAGGACCCGCAAACUACGUAACCCCCAUCCCAGAGGGUCUCGACUCCGCCGCAGCAGCACCACUCCUGUGCGCCGGCGUAACCGUAUACUCCGCACUAAAGCGCAGCCACGCGCGACCCGGACAAUGGGUGGUAAUUUCCGGCGCCGGCGGCGGCCUAGGCCACCUCGCAGUACAACUUGCGAGCCGUGGUAUGGGCUUACGGGUAAUUGGAAUCGACCACGGCAGCAAGGAAGAACUAGUCAAGGAAUCCGGGGCAGAUCACUUCGUGGAUAUCACGCAGUUCCCGGCAGACGAUAAAGGUGCUGCGCUGACGAAGCAUGUUCAUUCGUUGGCGGAUGGGCUGGGCGCUCAUGCGGCGAUUGUCUGUGCGGCUGCGAAUGUGGCUUAUGCGCAGGCGCUGCCGUUGCUCCGUUUUAAUGGUACCUUGGUCUGUGUGGGACUUCCUGAAAAUGAGCCUCAGGCUAUUGCGACGACGUUCCCGUCCGCGAUUGUUGGCAAGCAAUGGACUAUUACGGGAGCGGCAGUUGGGAGUCGGGCGGAGGCUAUUGAGACUAUGCAGUUUGCUGCGAGGGGUGUUAUUAAGGUGCAUUAUCGGACUGAGAAGAUGGAUGCUUUGACUGGGGUGUUUAAGGAGAUUGAGGAGGGAAAGCUACAGGGUCGGGUUGUGUUGGAUCUUUCUGAAUAA